UGAAUCUCUUUCCGUCGGGACGUCUCCCGCACUCCCAACGCUGCUUCCUCGGUUCUUCAGGUAUUGUGGAUGCCAGAAAAGAGAGAGAAAUGGGGACAUCUGUUCUUUCUCACAGUCCCUGCUUUUCUUUGGCACUCAUGUUCAGGAGACAGCAAGUCUGUGUGGACGGGAACUCCCAGCUGUUCCUUAGUCAAGAUGUUGAUUUUUCAUCCAGACCCUCUUUCAAUGGGGAUGGUCCAUUUGACAUCUGGCUGAAGCGUUGGCUAGACUUUCAUCUCUAGGGAACUGGUUAGUGGCUGGAGUAGGUCUUAGUAAUGCCAUACAGAGGAAUCCUGUAACUUUACAUGCAAUGUCGCCACCUAUAUUUUACCAGGACAAUAAUGAUCAGCAAAUUAUGAGUUUUCAAAUGAUAUCUCACAAGGCAUUCUUUGUACAAAACUUAUCAUAGUCCUGCGAAAGGGGGUGAAUAUAGAGGUACAAAACUGGCACAAGGACAAAGAAAUCAGACAGUUAUAUGCAGGUGAAAGCCAGCAAACAUCUACACGCCAGCUAAAUCCGAAGAGUGACCGAGUUGCAGUGAUCUGUCGGUUCAAAGUGUCUUUCAGGGCGGGCCCGGGAGGCGGCUCCUGGGGAUCUCUGGCUGGCGUUCAGAGUCUCUGCCCCCUCUGAGUUCAAAGAGCCGAGAAGAUGGGAAAUUUCCAGUGGUUUUGGUCAGCUUCCAAGCUCACAGGACGAGCCUCCUGCCACGUAGCGUUUCCCAGGUGCGACCGGCCAUUGACCAGUCCUGUGUGUUGCGAUGAUCCCGCACGGCCCAGCUGAUUUCGUUAGUCAUCAGCAUGGGCCGGAGCUGGCAGAGGGGGCCAGUCGGUAGUGGGGGGCCAGAGGGCCCCUUGGGAGGCACAGUGAAGGAGGAAGGGGGGGCAGAUCAGUGACUCUCUGUGUCUCCGUCCCAGGCUGGACCAGGGCUGGAUUUUGAGGCAGAUGAAGCUGGUGCAGAGCUGCCCCUGGGCGCAUAACGCCAGCGCCCUGGGCCAGUACAGGGAACAGCUGCGGGGCUGCUGUAACGCUUCAGCUGACCUGGUGCUGACCCAGAACAACACCCUGCUGGGCUCCCAGAUCGUCUACGACGCCCAGCCGGCCAAGAAGUAUCCAGUGAAGGAGGAGCUGCUGGAGAUGCUGCCGCAGGUCUCCCCGUUUCAGGGCGCCCCCUACGAGUGCUGCGCCGUGGUGGGGAAUGGGGGGAUCCUUCAUAACAGCGGCUGUGGCCCUGAGAUCGACCGCGCCCAGUUCGUCAUCAGGUUCAACCUGCCCCCCAUGGACUUUGCUGAUGACGUGGGCACCAAAUCAAGCGUUGUCACCAUGAACCCCAGCAUCCUGCACGCCCGGUUCAGGGGUCUGAGCCGCUGGCGCCGGCCCUUCGCGGAGGUGGUGGGUGUCUAUGGGGCCCCACUGCUCCUCAUCCCGGCCUUCAGCUUUGUCGGCCAGAGCACGGUCUCGUUCCAGGCACUCUACGCCCUAGAGGACUUCGGCUCCCGGGCCCGUGUCGUCUUCAUGAACCCCGAGUACCUGGCACGGCUGGACGGGUACUGGCAUCCCCGUGGCCUGCGCGUCAACCGCCUCUCCUCGGGCUUCAUGCUAGUGAACGCCGCCCUGGAGCUGUGCCGGCACCUCACCCUCUACGGCUUCUGGCCCUUCGCCACGGACACCGAGGGGCGGCCCCUGUCCCACCACUACUACGACAACCAGCCCCCCAAGCCGGGCGUUCACGUCAUGCCCGACGAGUUCACCCGCUACCUGGGCAUGCACCUGCAGGGCGCGCUGCGGCUGCAUCUGGGGCGCUGCUGGUGAGGAGCUUAGCGGCCAACACUGGAUGGUAUGAGGUGGCCCGGCGCCACCAUUGCAGGCAGGGCUUGAAGGAAGAAAUGAAGGACGGCCUGGCCCGGGUAGAGCCACACUCCGCCCUAGACGCCCUGGUCCAGCCAGGCCUCAACAUCGACGAUCGCCUGGCCCACCGCCAACCAGAAAGGCAGGCCAGUGUUUGACCCGCACCGGAGUCAACCCGGCCGUAGAGAUGCAGAAAAGAGCUGGCAAUGAGUCUUCGACAUCUGCCUAUAUUGGGGAGACGCUCACGACGUCCAUUAAGACCCGUGUCCUGCCCCGGUUGGGAACCCCCUUGGGCCGACCUCUACCCCAGCCAAGGUAGGGCCGUGAGCCGCCCGCUUCCUCUUUGCUUACGACUUCCCACCGUGCCCGAAGUGGAGCUGGUGGACUCAGGGGCCUCUGAGAACUUCCUGGACCUCGACGUUGCUUGGACGCCGUAACAUUCCCACUCCGCGUAAGCGCAUCCCCGCCUCGGUGGAAUCCCUUUCCCCAGGCCCAGUUACCAUUCAAAUGCCACCCCCCGUGGCUGUGACCCCGCUCCAGGGCCCCUGGGAGGCAUCGCUAUUUGGACUGAUCUGCACCCCGCCAAUUCCCCGUCAUCCUCGGCAUUCCUUGGCGGGUCGGCCAGGACCCACGCAUCCAAGGGGGAUCAGGCCCGGCGGCUGACUUCAAAGGUAGAUACCACCCUGUCCCUCGCCCCUCCGUCCACGCUGGGUGUUCUGGAGAAAUACCGAGACCGUGCUGAUGUGUGACAAAAGGAAAUCGAGAUCUUGCCGCCGGUUGUGAUUGAUCCAUCAACCUGUAGCGCCAUGUUCCCUUUAGCUGUAUUUCCUCCCUCUUGGGAUGUGUGAGGAAUACCUCGGUGAGAGUGUAGAGAAGGGGUUUAUUCCUCCUUCUACCUCUCCGGGGCGGGCAUUUCAUGACUAAACACGAAAUUGCUGGACUUUGAAUGGAGGGACCAUUUGAAACGGCCGCCCGUCACUGAUACGAGUGACGGUUCGGCAGCUCCGUUCUGCGUCAAGAACGCAGCUGGAAGAGUAUCGCCCGGACCCCGCUAGCUGAAGCAAGAGGGAGAUCGGAAUUAAAUGUAUUUAAACGAAUAAAUCCGGGAGUGGUGAGACAGGGAAUCAUAACGUUAAGAGGUGUAAAUCAUUGUCCGUAGUCGAAUCAUUCAGAAAGGCCGUUUUUAGCAGUUUACAGCCGGGGGUGACAAGAUGGCAGUCGCUGGGAAACGAAAAUGAUGGUCUUGGAGCGAUUCGGCCAAUCGCAAAUAGGCGGGUGAGGUGAGAGAAGGGUCACUCCAAAACCCGAAGGGUCAUGCUCAACUGACCCCCUCCCAAGUCUUCAAUCAGGUCCAGCUUUGAUUGACAGGUGAGUUUAAAAGCUAGGAUUGGUUCCUAAGAACAGACCAAUCAGGGAAGGCUUAAGAUGACUGGUGGAUCAGUAUCUUAAUGAUGAGGAUUGAAGAAAGAACCAAUCAGAAUAGGGUAAACAUCUGCAUAUAAUGCAGGGAGGCGAGCAGCCGACCGGCGUUAGUCAGAGUGGGUGCCUUGAGUCUGAAGGGAGCCACUUACUCAUGAACCUUUUCGGGAGACUUCACUUGGCAAGAGCAUUCUUCAACUGGACCUUCGUGGAGACGACCGUCUGGUUCAUGUUAGGGAAGGUGACAUAUGAGCCCGGACAGAAACCCGCGUGGGGAGGGGGUAACCCAGUUCAGAGUGUGGGAGGGGGUACAGGGGCUCCAAAGAGUCACCAAGGGAUGGGGGUCAGAGGAGGCCCAGACCCCCAGUUCUCCAGUUGUCCAUAGGGUCACCCUUUGUAACUCUUCCCAGUCUGCCUGGGACUUAACUAUCUUGAGUAGUUUUGUAUCAUCUGCAGAUGUUGCCACCUCACUGUUUACCCCUUUUUCCAGAUCAUUUAUGAGUAUGUUGAACACAACUGGUCCCAGUACCGACCCCCGGGGAACACCACGAUUUACCUCUCUCCAGUCUGAAAACCAACCGUUUAUUCCUACCCUGUUUCUUAUAUUUUAACUGGAGUGCCUGGCAGUGCCUUCGGGAUCAUCUAACGAUCCUUAAUUUAAUUUAAUGACAAGCCUUGUGAUCUUAAUCACCCUGCCUCUGGUUAUAAACAAACUCCCUGCCCCUUGGGGGCAGAAGCUGGCAGCAACACAGGACUUAUCACUGUAGCCUAUAGGAUUACCCUGUUUGCUUGCACAGAUAUCUCUUAUAGUUUAAUAUAAAUCGAUAAACCUAUUACAAUAAACCAAACACUUACAGUAAGUUUGGCUGUAAUGCAAGGGACCUACAGGCCAGAUCUGGGAUGUUGAGGUAAGACAAAUUUAGCGUAUCUAUGUCUGGGACCUUCCACCUAGAGAGAUAGAUAACGGGAGAAUGGCAUAGGGGGGUUCCAAAUCUGCACCCACAAACUUAACAGGUACCACCAGGGAAGAACCGGAGAACCAAAAUAACAGGUGUGUGUGUGUGUG